CCCUGAAAGCCAGGAGAUGUACGUUUUUAACUUGACGUCACUCACCGAGUCUGAAAACGUCUUGUCAGCUUCGGUGUAUUAUUAUAUUGGUGAUCUGCUGCACGCUAAGUGGAACUGUUCCCAAUCCAGAGGCUGUUCUCGUCACGGGCACAGGGAGGCUGAAGUUCAGAUACAUCUUUCAGUUUGGACCUUUCCUUCUGUUGGGAACCACACUCGGAGCCUGGGACAUUUCCUAAUAAAUGUCUCCGCUGCUUACCAGGAUGUCCUUUCCUGGCAGUGGAAGGAUAUCACUCAUCUCCUUCAUGAAGCAAAACAAAACAAUGAACUCCUGAUCAGUGUCAAAAUGGAUCUGACCAGCCAUCACCCCUGGAAAAGGGCACCUUCUCGCUAUGAACCCUACAUUCUGAUUUAUGCCAAUGAUUCUGCUAUUUCAGAGCCAGAGAGCGUUGUCUCUAGUUUGCAAGGGCACCGUCAUCCUCUGGCAAGGGUCUUUUCCAGGCCAGAAAAUCACGUGAGGAGCAGCCUCGGGAAGCAGCGGCGAAAACGCUCCACCAACGUCCUGUUGCCGUUGCAGAAUAAUGAGCUUCCGGGAGCAGAGUACCAGUACAAUGAGGAUGAGAGAUGGGAAGACAGAAAACCCUACAAAACCUUCCAGCCACGGUUAGCAGAGAGGACAAAGAGUAAGAAAAAGCAGAGGAAGAAUCAUCACCAGAAGAGCCAGACUCUCCAGUUCGAUGAGCAAACGCUGAAGAAGGCGAGGAGGAAGCAGUGGAAUGAGCCAAGGUAUUGCGCCCGGCGUUACCUCAAGGUGGAUUUUGCAGACAUUGGCUGGAGUGAGUGGAUUAUUUCCCCUAAAUCCUUCGACGCCUAUUACUGCUCAGGGGAAUGCCAAUUCCCAAUUCCAAAGGCCUUGAAGCCGUCCAACCAUGCCACCAUCCAGAGCAUAGUGAGAGCCGUCGGGGUCAUCCCGGGCAUUCCCGAGCCUUGCUGCGUUCCUGACAAAAUGUCUUCUCUUAGUAUCUUAUUCUUCGACGAAAAUAAAAACGUGGUUCUUAAGGUGUACCCCAACAUGACAGUGGAAUCCUGUGCGUGCAGAUAACAUCUCGGGAGA